AUGGGCUGUGCCCCCAGCAUCCACGUCUCGCAGAGCGGCGUGAUCUACUGCCGGGACUCUGACGAGUCCAACUCGCCCCGCCAGACCACCAGCGUGUCGCAGGGCCCCGCCGCCCCCCUGCACGGCCUCUUCGUCCAGACCGACGCCGCCGACGUUAUUCCCCGGAGCCGCGCGUCUGGACCCCCCGGGGCCGCCCGCGUCCGCAGAGCCCGCACUGAGCUGGGCAGCGGCGGCAGCAGCGGCAGCAGCAGCGCGGGCUCCGCAGCCCCCGCCACGACCACCUGCAGGGGCCGGAGGCGCCACUGCUGCAGCAGCGCGGAGGCCGAGACCCAGACCAGCUACACCAGCGUCAAGCAGGUUUCUUCUGCGGAGGUACGCAUUGGGCCCAUGAGACUGACGCAGGAUCCUAUUCAGGUUUUGCUGAUCUUUGCAAAGGAAGAUAGUCAGAGUGAUGGAUUCUGGUGGGCCUGUGACCGAGCUGGUUAUAGAUGCAAUAUUGCCCGGACUCCAGAGUCAGCCCUGGAAUGCUUUCUAGAUAAACAUCAUGAAAUUAUCGUAAUAGAUCACAGGCAGACUCGAAACUUUGAUGCAGAAGCAGUGUGCAGGUCGAUCCGAGCCACGAAUCCCUCCGAGCACACGGUGAUCCUGGCGGUGGUUUCCCAAGCAUCAGGCGACCAUGAAGAGGCCUCGGUCCUCCCGCUCCUGCAUGCAGGCUUCAAUAGGAGAUUUAUGGAGAAUAGCAGCAUAAUUGCUUGCUAUAAUGAAUUGAUUCAAAUAGAACACGGGGAAGUUCGCUCACAGUUCAAACUACGGGCCUGUAAUUCAGUGUUUACAGCAUUAGACCACUGUCAUGAAGCCAUAGAAAUUACAAGUGAUGACCAUGUGAUUCAGUACGUCAACCCAGCCUUUGAAAGGAUGAUGGGCUACCACAAAGGCGAGCUCCUGGGGAAAGAGCUCGCCGAGCUGCCCAAAAGUGAUAAGAACCGGGCAGACCUUCUUGACACCAUCAACACGUGCAUCAAGAAGGGCAAGGAGUGGCAGGGGGUUUACUAUGCCAGACGGAAAUCCGGGGACAGCAUCCAGCAGCACGUGAAGAUUACCCCAGUGAUUGGCCAAGGAGGGAAAAUUAGGCAUUUUGUCUCCCUCAAGAAGCUGUGUUGUACCACUGACAAUAAUAAGCAGAUUCACAAGGUUCAUCGUGAUUCAGGAGACAAUUCUCAGACAGAGUCUCAUUCAUUUAGAUACAAGAACAGGAGGAAAGAGUCCAUUGAUGUGAAAUCGAUAUCAUCUCGAGGCAGUGAUGCACCAAGCCUCCAGAAUCGUCGCUAUCCAUCCAUGGCAAGGAUCCAUUCCAUGACCAUCGAAGCUCCCAUCACAAAGGUUAUAAAUAUAAUCAAUGCAGCCCAAGAAAACAGCCCCGUGACAGUAGCAGAAGCCUUGGAUAGAGUUUUGGAAAUUUUACGGACCACGGAACUGUAUUCCCCUCAGCUCGGAACCAAAGAUGAAGAUCCUCACACCAGUGAUCUCGUUGGAGGCCUGAUGACCGAUGGCUUGAGAAGGUUGUCAGGAAACGAGUAUGUGUUCACUAAGAAUGUGCACCAGAGUCACAGUCACCUUGCGAUGCCAAUAACCAUCAACGAUGUCCCCCCUUGUAUCGCUCAAUUACUUGAUAAUGAGGAAAGUUGGGAGUUCAACAUCUUUGAAUUGGAAGCUGUUACACAUAAAAGGCCAUUGGUUUACCUGGGCUUAAAGGUAUUUUCCCGGUUUGGAGUCUGUGAAUUUUUACACUGUUCUGAAACUACUCUUCGGGCCUGGCUCCAAGUGAUUGAGGCCAACUACCAUUCUUCCAAUGCUUAUCAUAACUCCACCCAUGCCGCCGAUGUCCUGCACGCCACUGCCUUCUUCCUCGGAAAGGAAAGAGUAAAGGGAAGCCUCGAUCAGCUGGAUGAGGUGGCAGCGCUGAUUGCCGCCACAGUCCACGAUGUGGAUCACCCGGGAAGGACCAACUCGUUCCUGUGCAACGCAGGCAGUGAACUCGCUGUGCUCUAUAAUGACACCGCUGUCCUGGAGAGUCACCACACCGCCCUGGCCUUCCAGCUCACGGUCAAGGACAGCAAAUGCAACAUUUUCAAGAACAUUGACAGGAACCAUUAUCGAACACUACGCCAGGCUAUUAUUGACAUGGUUUUAGCAACAGAGAUGACAAAACACUUUGAACAUGUGAACAAAUUUGUGAACAGCAUCAAUAAGCCCCUGGCAGCUGAGAUUGAGGGCAGCGACUGUGAAUGCAACCCUACUGGGAAGAACUUUCCUGAAAACCAAAUUCUGAUCAAGCGAAUGAUGAUCAAGUGUGCCGACGUCGCCAACCCAUGCCGCCCCCUGGACCUGUGCAUUGAAUGGGCUGGGAGGAUCUCUGAGGAGUAUUUUGCACAGACUGAUGAAGAGAAGAGACAGGGGCUCCCUGUGGUGAUGCCAGUGUUUGACCGGAAUACAUGUAGCAUCCCCAAAUCCCAAAUCUCUUUCAUUGACUACUUCAUAACAGACAUGUUUGAUGCUUGGGAUGCCUUUGCCCAUCUGCCAGCCCUGAUGCAACAUUUGGCUGAUAACUACAAACACUGGAAGACAUUAGAUGACCUAAAGUGCAAAAGUCUGAGGCUUCCAUCUGACAGCUAA